CGGCAGGAGGGGGCAGGGGUCGGGCAUGGAGGAAGAGGAGGCGGCGGCGGUGCCGGCGGCGCGGAAGCUGCAGCUGAGCGUGGCCGUGAUCGGGCACGUGGACUCGGGCAAGUCCACCACGGCCGGGCACCUGCUCUACCUGAGCGGCGCGCUCGACCCGCGCCAGCUCCAGAAAUUCGAGGCUGAGGCCACGCAGAUGGGCAAGGGCUCGUUCAAGUUCGCGUGGGCGCUGGACCGGCUGCGCGCGGAGCGGGAGCGCGGCGUCUCCAUCGACCUGGCGCUGGGGCGGCUGCACACGCGGCGCCGCGCGCUCACCCUGCUCGACGCGCCCGGGCACCGCGACUUCCUCAAGAACAUGCUCACGGCCACGGCACAGGCGGACGCGGCGGUGCUGGUGGUGUCGGCGGCGCCGGGGGAGUUCGAGGCGGGCGUGUCGCGCCAGGGGCAGACGCGGGAGCACGCGCUGCUGGCCUACACGCUGGGCGUGAAGCAGCUGGUGCUGUGCGUCAACAAGAUGGACCUGGCGGAGCCGCCCUACAGCCAGCGCCGCUUCGAGGAGGUGGUGCGGGGCGUCGGCCUCUUCCUGCGCAAGAUCGGCUACAGCCUGCCCGCCGUGCCCUGCCUGCCCGUGUCCGGCUGGGCCGGCGACAACCUGGCCCUGCCCAGCCAGAAGAUGAGCUGGUUCAAAGGCUGGCAGGUCAAACGGAAGGAAGGUUACGGGAAGGGACAAACUCUUUUGGAAGUGCUAGACUCUCUUCUGCCUCCUGUGCGUUUGAGUAAUAAGCCCUUGAGGCUGCCUCUGCAGGAUGUCUACAAGAUUGGAGGAGUUGGUACUGUACCUGUGGGGAAGAUAGAGACUGGCAUUCUUAAACCAGGCAUGACUGUCUCUUUUGCCCCCACAAACCUAUCGGCAGAGGUCCGAUCCAUUGAAAUGCACCAUGAACCACUGGAAGUGGCUUUUCCUGGCUAUAACAUAGGCUUCAACGUAAAAAACAUUGCAGUCAAGAACCUUAGACGGGGCCAUGUAGCUGGUAACUCCAGGAAUGAUCCUCCAGCAGCAGCAGCUCACUUCAUAGCCCAGGUGAUUAUCCUGAACCACCCUGGCUUCAUCAGGGCUGGCUACUCCCCAGUGAUCGACUGCCACACGGCUCAUGUCACCUGCCAGUUUGCUGAACUUUAUGAGAAGAUUGACCGUCGCUCUGGGCAGAAGCUGGAGGACAGUCCAUCUAUGCUGAAAUCUGGGGACUCUGCUCUCAUUAGGCUUAUACCUAGGAAGCCCAUGUGUGUGGAAAGGUUUUUUGACUUUCCUUCCUUGGGUCGUUUUGCAGCUCGGGAUUUGAAGCAGACUGUUGCUGUUGGAGUCAUCAAAUCGGUAGAAAAGAAAUCCACAGGCUCUGCUAGAAAACAAGUGCAGAAAGCUCUGCUUAUCUAGUGGAGUGCUGCCAGCUGUGUGAGAGGUUAAGCUUUUUUGCAAACUACCUUCAUAGAGAAAUGCUCAUGGCUUGUGGGAUUGGUUUGGGUUUUUUGUUUAACCUCAAGUUGAGGAUCUUUUAUGUUUAAUGCAGUGGGAUUGUUCAGUGUUUGAACAAUUAAAAGUCUCAUCUGAUCAGA